AUGGAGUCUGGAAAUAAUACAUUUGCUUUAAAUGAAUCGUUGCCUACUUCUAGCAUAGAAGCUAAUGGUUUGUACCAUCCCAACACUUUCUUCGCCAAACCAAUUAGAGAGAAAAACGACAGGGGUUCAGGGACUUCAAGUGCAUUUGAUCAGCGUCAACAAAAGACGCCAUCAAGGUUCACUCCCGGAAGUAAGACAAAGCGAAAGUCAGGUUCCAAACGAAAUCAGAAGAAGACUAACAAAGUAUUUGAUCCAGUACCUACGCUAAGCGACGGGAAGCUAGAAAAAAUGACCAUUAAAGAGCUCAACAUUUAUAUUCAAGGGAUUCCAAAGCAACAAGCGCAAAAGAUUAAGAAAAGGAGACGAAUUCUUAAGAAUCGCAAGUACGCGUUGAAGUGUCGACGGAAAACUGUUCAGAAGAGAACUAAAAUGGCAGAAGAAAAUAAGUCCCUGGAGAAAAGGAUUUCUGCUGCCAAGGAAGAGUUGAAAGCAGUUACAAAACAAAGAGACUACUACAAAUCAAAAUAUCUACAGCUUCACGCGUCUCUUGAAUCAGAAUUCUCUUAA